AGAGAGAGAGAGAGAGAGAGGGGAGGGGGCAGGCGCGUCACUCGCUCGUGGGGGGAAAUCAAGAGGGCGAAAACGGCUCGUGGACACAAUGGAUUUGCGAACCAAUGGACUUUGCGUUGAUUAAAGGACGGAGUCUUCGAUGAACACGAUAAACAAGAAGGAAAAGCAGAGGGCUAUGCUGUUUCUGCUUGUCUUUACUGCUGUUUGAUUAACCAUGAUGAAGACUGAACCCCCAUCUGCAGCCAGCGGCAGCACUAGCACCACCCUUGUAGCAAGAAGUGCAUCGCCGCACAGGAAUGCCUAUGAGGCUGGAAUUCAAUCCCUCAAGCCAGUAAAAGAUUCCAGUGCUGCUAACGGGGAGGAUGGGAAACCUCGACCACAGGGCCGGGGCCGCAGGUACGGCUCCAAUGUGCACCGCAUCAAGAACAUGUUCAUGCAGAUGGGUUCUCCCGGGGAUGAAGAGGAUCCGUCGAAGGCCAAAGACCAGACGAUCCGACUGUCCCUUCCCAGAGCAAGCAGUCUGAAUGAGAAUGUGGAUCACAGUGCACUGCUCAAACUCGGCGGGACUGUGUCAGAGCGGGUUAGCCGCUUCGAUGGAAAGACUGAUGGUAGCGGCUCCCGUGGACCAACCACAGGCUACUCUAAGCUUCAGGAGACACGGAAGAUAUUUGAACAACGUCACAUGCAGGAGAAGCAGGCAGCAACUAAUCGAAUACUGCUAAAGAAAGAGCGAGCGUCAGGGUUCCAAGAUGGCCGUCUGGACGUGGUGGUUCGCUUCAACGGAAGCACCGAGUCAUUAGACAGGUUGGAUGCAGGGGAAUGUCCCGCAGAUGCAGUGUCCCCUACGGUCAGCCAGCUGAGCGCAGUAUUUGAAAGAGCAGACCAGCGUAACAACCUUCACCGACCAUCCUCAACCUCCCCACAGCCUUCUCAAGGGGUAGGCUCUACCCCGGCCAAGGUCGGAGGAAUCAACUCCAAAGUCACCACCAGAAAGGCACGAGCCUUCUCUCCAACAGAAAAUCAAGAGGAGGGAGCUCAGCGCACAGACCAAGAAGGUGCACCCGGGAGUCCGAAGAGCAGAACAAGCAUCCAAUCCGAUGGACCCAAUAGCAAACCAUUCGAGGAUAUGGCUUCUGGCAGUGCUGGCUCAGUUUUCAAUACAUCCAGGUCAGAGGAGAUCCAGAAUGCAUCAAGCAAUGAUUCCAAACCAGGGGAGCAUGCCGCACCAAGUGCACCGGAUGCAGGGAGCAGACUGGUACAGGCGGAUGUCCACGCCUCUCUGGAAAAUGGGGAGGCCACCAGCAGCCAUGAGCCCUCAGAACAAAGGGAGGAAAUUGGACAGGCCUGUGCUGAGGAGGAAUCCCACAGAGAGGAUAUCUCAGAAGCAGAUCUGGUGGACAUCAGCGCGUACAGCGGGAUUGGAGAGGACUCUGGCGGUAGUCAGCUGGACGAAGAUGAGGAGGCUGAGGAUGAUGAUGCUUACGAACCAGAAUCCAGCUGUUCAGAAGUCCCUGGCUUGCCUGCAGAAGAUGAACCACCUCCCAGCAGGAAGAUUCGUUUCAGUACAAACCCCAUCAAGGUUUUCACAACAUACUCGAAUGAGGACUACGACAGACGCAAUGAUGAGGUUGACCCCAUGGCGGCUUCGGCCGAGUAUGAGCUGGAGAAGAGGGUGGAGAGAUUGGACCUAUUCCCCGUCGAGCUGGAAAAAGAUAAAGAUGGAUUGGGAAUCAGCAUCAUCGGGAUGGGUGCCGGUGCAGACAUGGGCCUAGAAAAGCUUGGAAUCUUCGUCAAGACGGUGACGGAAGGAGGAGCUGCCCACCGAGACGGAAGGAUCCAGGUGAAUGACUUGAUUGUGGAGGUGGAUGGAACCAGUCUGGUGGGUGUGACCCAGAAUUUCGCUGCAUCUGUCCUCAGGAACACCAGCGGCACUGUCAAGUUUGUGAUUGGCCGAGAGAAGCCGGGGGAACAGAGUGAGGUGGCCCAGCUGAUCCAGCAGACACUGGAACAGGAGAGAUGGCAGAGAGAAAUGAUGGAGCAACGCUACAACCCCUACAUGGAAGAGGACGAAGAGACAGGUGAAUAUGCCACAGAUGAAGAAGAAGAGAUGAGCCCCAUGUUUCCUAAUGCCAUCGAGGUGUUUGACCUGGCAGAGAAUGAAGACAUGCUUUCUCCUGUGGAGAUGGACCCAGAGAAACUUGCUCACAAGUUUAAGGAGCUCCAGAUUAAACACGCUGUGACCCAGGCUGAGAUCCAGCAGCUCAAGAGGAAGCUGGCUCACGCUGAGCAGGAUAAGCUGCGCUGGCGGAUGGAGAGGGCUCAGUUGGAGCAGACGGUGAGAGAGAAUAAGGAGCGGAUGGAGAAGUUGGAGGGCUAUUGGAUGGAGGCUCAGAGCUUGUGCCAAGCAGUGGAUGAACACCUGAAAGAGACGCAGGCGCAGUACCAGGCGUUGGAGCGCAAGUACAGCAAAGCCAAACGCCUCAUCAAAGAGUACCAGCAGAAAGAGAUUGAGUAUUUGAAGAAGGAGACUGCGCAGCGCAGAGCACAAGAGGAGUCAGAGGCCAGCCACAAGGUGGAGACAGAAAAUCUCCAGGAGAAGAUUACUGACUUGGAGUCAAAGGUUGGCGCUCUGAAGAGCUUGGAGCCUUCGUAAGCCCUCCACUGUGGAAUUGACGGAGAGAACGACAGAAACGCCUUCAACUCCGCCCACUCUACCCUCCGACCACAUUUUUCCUCCAUGACCUGAAGAACCUGAAGAACUACAGGAAACAUGCUGAGGGGAUGUUACCGGGGACAAAGAGGGGACAAAAACACUGUACCAGAUGCCUGAGGGACGUCUAGCCAUCAGGAGGCCCUUUUUAUAGUCAUUUAUUCAUAUUCUCCUUGUUUCUUUUUAAGCGCCCUUAAAGGUAUUAUGAGCCUCUCUGCUCUCGGCAGGAAUGUAGAACCUCUUCGUUAAUAAAUGUUCACUCACAUGCUUGCAGGAGAAGAACGAAACAGUUGCCGGACAAAGACGGCACGGAUGCCCACACGCGCCCUCAAUAAGUGUAGGAUCGGAGCGAGGGGCGGCCUGUAUAGCAGUGACUGACAAGAGGACUGUUUGUAUAUAUUCUGGCAUAUAUUUAAAUAUUAAAAUCGCUUAAGCAAUGUGCUGGGGGGAGGAGAUGGGGAAAGGGCUUUUUCACAUCUAGGCAAAUAAUACAGUCAAAGUCCAUUUUUGCAUGGCAAAAGAGAUGGUAUCAAGUUUUUUUGUUUGUUUUUUUUUAGGGCAAAAUUGGAAAACAGGGUGUGAAAAGUGUAAUCUUGACAUGUAGAGUUAGCAUUCAGGAGCUUCUCAUAUUUGCUUUCUGUGUAAAAGAUAUGAUUAUGGAAGUGUAGAAUGAAUAGGGGCUUAUGGGUAAUGGUUUCUUCACAGGAGAAACAUCGCCCUGUGCUUAAACUCCAGUGCUUGUGGUUAGUUAGAGCAGUGUUUAUGUGCACUGCACAGUGUGCCUCGGUCAACCCUGCAAUGUCUUCUGACUCUGUAAUGUGACAGUGUAAGAAUUCUGAAUCAAUCAGAAAUAUGGCCUUGUUGAAUUGCUAUACAAAACCUUUCACCAGCCCUCUCUGUUUAAAGCAGACUCUUAGUGUGUUUACUCCAAUGUAUUGGUCUCCAGGGACCACGGUAAGUGCACUUGGACUGCACUACAGAGAGUCCUGGAGAAUCCUAAAGUUUUAUGUCUCUGUUGGCUUUCAUUCUCCUCUGUCCUGCUGGACGUGAAUUGAUUCAGUAUUAUCAUUCCAUAUACAUUGAUGUGGAAUAUCCCUUUAGUUGUUUUGUGGUGUUAUAAGCCACUUUUGUCCUUUUUUUUUUUGUCUUAAAUGUGUGUUCUUUUUAAUUGUACUCCUGGGAAAACUGGAAUUUUGAAAGCAAUUGUAGGAAUUUGAGGCUUUAAUGGUCUCAGUUUAGUGUGUUAGAGAUAUUGAGCCUCAUUCAUAAGACACAAGCGUAAUUUAUGUGUAAAAUCUUUGUAACCCCAUUCUUAUGUAAAUUCUUGCAUCCAAUUCAGUGCGUCAAUUAAUGUAAGCGCUGGUUCACACAGAACACGUUUUGCAUUCUA